AUGUCGGAGAAGGCGCCGCAAGUGCUGGGCGGCACGCGUCCCAACAUCGACGAGCGUUUCCACCUGAAGGGUGUGGACGAGAACGAGGAGAACAAGGCGCCGGCACCGUCCAUCUACACACUGCAGGCUGAGGACGAUGUGCCGGAGGUGACGACCAUGGAGAGUCUUUGUAUGAACUGUCACGAGGAUGGCACGACCAAGCUACUGCUCACCAUGAUCCCAUACUUCCGCGAAGUUAUCCUCAUGUCCUUCGAGUGUGAACACUGUGGCUUCAAGAACAGCGAAGUGCAGUUCGGCGGCAAGGUGCAGGAGCAAGGAGCCAAGAUCGAGCUCGAGCUCACCGACCAAGAGGACCUUAACCGUCAGCUGAUUAAAGCCGAUGCCGGUGUUAUCUACUUCCCGUUGCUGGACUUUGAGAUCCCACGCGAGACGCAGCGAGGCAGUAUUAACACCAUUGAAGGAGUGCUACAAAAAGCUAUUAAGGAUCUGCGCGAGAACCAGGAACAUCGUCGUGAGAUCGACCCUGAGACCACCGAAAAGAUUGACGAGUUCAUCGCCAAGCUCGCCUUGAUGUCGGCCGGUAUCACGCUGCCAUUCACGGUGGUGCUAGAUGAUCCGUCGGGCAACUCGCACAUUGAGAACCCUCACGCACCUGCCGCAGACUCAAAAUUAAAGGUCACACACUACUACCGCUCGGAACAGCAAGACUUGAUUUGUGGCCUGCAGCCUAAUAUGUCCCACGACGCUCCGUCGCAAGCUCCGCGUGUGCUUCCGCACCGUAAUGAAGGUCUGGAUAAGUUCGUGGACGAGGCCAACAUCGCCAAGAAGGAGGUGAUCCAGAUCGCUGCCGACUGCUUCGCGUGUCAAGCGCCGGGUUUUUCGUGCAUGUGUAUGACGGACAUUCCCCACUUUAAGGAGGUGAUCAUCAUGUCGUUCAAUUGCGAGGCUUGUGGCUUCAAGACCAACGAAGUGAAGGCUGGUGGUGCUAUCCCUCCCCAAGGCGAACGUAUUACACUCAAAGUGGACCCCAACAAAGACCCAGAUGUCAUGGAUCGCGACAUCCUUAAGGCUGACUCUGCAUGUGUCAAUAUUCCCGAGAUUGAGCUGGAGAUGGCACACGGUUCGCUUGGUGGCCUGUACACGACAGUAGAGGGUCUGCUAGAUAAGGUUCGUCAGAACAUUGAGGAAGGCAACCCCUUCGCCGUUGGUGACAGUGACGGCGGUCGGUCACUGUUGAACGCCUGGCUGGCGCGUCUUGACGCGCUGAAGCGCGGUACUGAGCCCUUCACGCUCAUUCUGGAAGAUCCGCUGGCCAACUCUUUCAUCUACUCGCCAUUUGGAGCGGCUGAGGACGAUCCGUACAUGACGGCGGAGAAGUUUACGCGCUCCGAGUACGAGGACGACGUGUUGGGUAUUUCAGACAUGAAGGUGGAGAACUACUCGACUGAAGUUGGUCUGAACAGCAUCAGUGAGGAAGAAGAGGCGGAGCCUAUUCGUAGUGACAAGGAGACCAUGGGUGGCGGCCGCGCUAUCGACCCGUCCAAAUACCACCCGAACCCGGCGGCCGUCAUGGAAGUGCGACAGAAGCUAGAGCAGGAGAAGAAGCAGCAGCUGUAG